GUCAAUCUCAAAAGACAAUUUGCUACUGAAUCCAUGACGACAUAUGUCUUCUUCAAAAGAGAGAAGUAUGCUCCAAUUCAGGAACUUGGGAUGGUAGUCGCAGUGGAGAGGGUAAUGAUUUGGAGAAAAGGGAAGGUGCCCAAGGAAGGAAAGUCCAACCCAUCCAUAUUAUCAGGCUGUACUUCCCUUCCGAGACUGAGUACUGAAACACUCGAGGUCUAGACUCUGCCUCGUGCUACUUAACCGGGCACAGGAAAAACGGGAGUAUCGUGUCACCAAACUCGGAUCUCACCAAGAAUGUCAGGCGGUUUGUUUGCCCCUCGUGUAUUUGGCUAGGUAGAAGGUUACCGUCUCAGUCGGCACCAUGGAAGAUACUCGGUCGCCCCGUGACAUCCUCAACCAAGCUCUCUCGCUCCAACCCACAUCCGGUCCCGGAGUCGUGAUCAAGGUCGCCCGCCCCUUCUUCGGUGACGCCUUACAAAACGACUACCACGUCCACCAGCGCAUAGCAGACGUCUUGGCCAGGCGCGACUCUCUCGACCACAUCUCCACUGUCAGCACCGAGUCACCUCCCAAAAUCCGUGUCCAAACCCCGCAACCGAACUCCGACUCCGACACCAGCGCCGCCGGCGGGUAUAGCCAUCUCUGGUGGAAGAAGAACCUUUCCAAAUUUCCAGACUCCGAAACUUCAAACAACGGGGCUUCCAUCCUCCCCGCCCCCGCCUUAUUCACCGAACACAUCCCCCCUCUCCCCUCCGCCCUCCGCUCCGCUCUGAUCCCACUCUACUGUCUACCGUCCCAGCAACGCUCUGUGAGCUCCAACCUCGUCAACGUAGACUGUCUUGCGCGCGUCUACCUUGGCCGAGGAAGACCGAGGAAGCCUGACGGAACCAUAAUUGAGUCUGCUAAUUUUGGUUUGAGGAAUUAUAACCUCCACCUGGACCAGAUGCUAGAUCUGGAGCUGCCGGUUGCUCAGUACGUGACAAUGAUGGCCGAGACGCUGGCGGAGAUGCAUUGGGCGGCUGGGACGGAUGGGUAUGAUGUCGAGUUUGUUUUGGGCGGGUGUCGACAUUUGAGGCCUCAUUGUCGACGGCUCCGGAGAAGGGGAAGUGAUGAGGAGAGUCACGAUGUCGUUGGUGGUGGAAAUUACGGCGGAACAAAGGAGAGAAUGGCGGAGAUGUGGUUAUUGAAUUUUAACUUGUGUAGUAGGCCUCGGAGGGUAGAGGAGACGGAGAGAGAGGGUGGUGAUGAGGGUUGUGCGGAUGAUGAUGAUGUCAAGAUGUGGAGGAUUUUUGAGAAAGCGUACUUGGAGCAGUCGAAGACGUUGGAGGGGAAGGAGGCGUCGGAGGAGGAGAUGAAGUUGCCGUUGCGUUUUAUUGAGGCAUGUGUUGAGAAGCAGAAGACGUUGCCCGACGGAGUGGAUAAGAUUGUUGAAUGA